GGGGGUUCUGUAUGAAUAUGACAUGCAACUUCUGCCAGAAUUUCAUGUGGAAACGAAAGAUAAGAUACCAUUGCAACUCCCACUGAGUGGGUUACCACUUUCCUACCUCUUAUAGUAGUAUGCUUGCAAUGACGCCACUCCUACAGACGAAUACUCCCUGGGGUUUCCUCCCGGUUGACAAGGAUCGCACUGCGUUUAAGGAGAACUGUGCCAAAAUGCACCAAAAUGCUAAGGACUGGGGUGCUAGCUUCAGAGCUCACUUGAAGACGCACAAGACCAUCGAAGGUACAAGAUUGCAACUCGAUUUCAGUGUCGCUAAGAGCAGCGCAGUGAUCGUCUCGACGAUGAUGGAGGCAUGGGGAGUCGUCCAUGGUGGCCUGGUUGAAGAUGGCACCGUCAAGGAUAUAUUGUAUGGCCUUCCGGUGGGACCAAACAAACUUGACGAUCUGUCUGUACUGCACGAAGAAAUGGUCAAGUACGGUGGGACCGUCCGAAUCAUGGUGGAUAACCUGGAACAGGUUAAGUUUCUGGAAGAGUACGAAAGACAACGCCAACAACCAAAGAAGUGGUCUACGUUCAUCAAGAUGGACGGCGGUCAGAAACGCGCUGGUACAUCUCCAAAGCCAGAAUCAUUCAAGCCAUUCAUGAAAACUGUGUUCGCAUCGGCCGCCAUAUCUGUCUUUGGUUUCUACAGCCAUGCAGGAGAUUCCUAUGGGUCGACAUCUCGAGAACAGGCCGUUUCUUACUUGACGGGCGAAGUACAGCUGGUUAACGAUGCUGCACUGAUGGCUCAAGAGGUCCUGGCAGAAUACCAAAACAAGAGCAUUCGCUCCCAACCUUUUGUGCUGUCUGUGGGAUCUACACCAACUGCCCUUGGCGCAACUGCAAAAGCAAAGAUCAUAUCACAGCUCUGCAACUACCCAAUGCUUGACCUUCAACAACUGCACACGACGCUGAUCGACCGAUCUAGUAUUUCGCAACGUGUACUCGCAACGAUUAUCUCGUAUUAUCCCGGUAGAGGAAGAGAUGGCCUAGAUGAAGCGCUGUGUGAUGCCGGAGCAAUUUCAAUGAGUAAAGACGGCGGACGGAUUCCUGGUUUUGGAGAAGUUGUCGGCAAGUUCUGGAGGCUAGGACGGAUUUCCCGGAACAUGGCCAAAGCUGACCCAGUACUGACGAUUGGGGAAAGGAUUGAAAUUGUUGGACAGCAUGCAUGUCUCAUUGCAGCGGGACAUCCGUGGUAUUAUGUGGUGGACGGAGGAUCAGAGAGAAUGGUUGAUGUUUGGGUGCCAUGGAAGGGUUGGUAAAUAACAAUUACUGCACAGUCACCGUGAGAAUAUGCUGUG